AGGCCAACUUGGAUUAGUCAUCCUCUGAUAAGUGAUAAUGUAAUGUUAGUAUUUUAUUGUGAAAUCAGGGCAUCGCAAAGCCACAGACUUUCCCAUUUUACUGCACCCAAAGGCAAAGGCGGUCAGGCUCGCGGUGCACACACUCCUCCUUUCGGCCGCCGCCAUUCAUUAUUCUCGGCAACCAAGCUUCUCUAAACCUCUUCGCUUUUACAGUUUCUGGGAAAAAGCUUCAAUCUUUCCGUUCGGCGGAGCGCCCCCAAGCCAUGGCUUCUUCCACCAUCGCCUCUCCUUCCGCGUCCUUCAUUCCCACCAAGAAGGAAUUGGGUCGCUCGGCUUUCUCCCCAGCAUCGUCCCCUUUCUCGGUUCCCAAAUGCAGGAAAUCGAUCUCGAAGAAAAUUGUUUCGGUCAUGGCGCCACAGCAGUCGGAACGCAAGCCGGCAGCUACUGGCUCGGUGAAGACUGCGAUGACAAUGACUGAGAAAAUAUUGGCUAGGGCUUCUGAGAAGACCCAUUUGAGUCCCGGUGAAAAUGUUUGGGUAGACGUUGAUAUCUUGAUGACCCAUGAUGUUUGUGGCCCUGGUUCUAUUGGUAUCUUCAAGAAAGAGUUUGGGCAGAAUGCCAAGGUUUGGGACCGUGAAAAGAUUGUGAUCAUUCCAGAUCAUUAUAUAUUUACCAACGACGAACGUGCAAAUAGGAAUGUGGAUAUCUUGAGGGACUUCUGCGCAGAGCAAAACAUCAAGUACUUCUAUGACAUUCAGGACCGUGGUAACUUUAAGGCUAAUCCUGAUUACAAAGGGGUCUGCCAUAUUGCACUUGCACAAGAGGGUCACUGCAGACCUGGCGAGGUCUUGCUAGGUACAGACUCACACACCUGUACUGCCGGGGCAUUUGGGCAAUUUGCCACUGGAAUUGGCAACACUGAUGCUGGUUUUGUGAUGGGUGCUGGGAAGCUCUUGCUUAAGGUGCCCCCAACUUUGAGAUUCGUCAUGGACGGUGAAAUGCCUGACUAUAUUCUUGCUAAGGAUUUGAUUUUGCAAAUCAUUGGUGAAAUAUCUGUGGCUGGUGCAACAUACAAAUCGAUGGAGUUUGUUGGCUCAACUGUUGAGAGUUUAAAUAUGGAAGAGCGUAUGACAUUAUGUAACAUGGUUGUUGAAGCUGGAGGAAAGAAUGGUGUUGUUCCUGCUGAUAGUACUACUUUCAAGUAUCUUGAGGACAAGACAUCUCUUCCCUAUGAGCCGGUUUACAGUGACCAGCAAGCAAGAUUUCUUUCAGAGUAUAGAUUUGACAUCUCAAAGUUGGAGCCAAUAGUUGCCAAGCCCCAUUCUCCUGAUAACCGAGCUUUAGCAAGGGAGUGCAAAGAUGUCAAGAUUGACAGAGUAUAUAUCGGGUCCUGUACUGGAGGAAAGACCGAGGAUUUCAUGGCUGCAGCCAAACUUUUUGUAGCUUCAGGAUAUAAGAAGGUCAAAGUACCCACUUUCCUUGUCCCUGCUACUCAAAAGGUAUGGAUGGAUGUCUACAGUCUCCCUGUGCCAGGUUCCGGUGGCAAGACGUGCUCUCAGAUCUUCGAGGAAGUUGGAUGCGACACACCUGCAAGUCCCAGCUGUGGCGCUUGCUUGGGAGGCCCUAAAGACACUUAUGCACGCAUGAACGAGCCUAAGGUAUGCGUCUCGACAACGAACAGGAACUUCCCUGGAAGGAUGGGACACAAAGAAGGCGAGAUAUACCUAGCCUCUCCUUAUACAGCAGCAGCUUCUGCUUUGACUGGAUAUGUUACUGAUCCAAGGGACUUCUUGCAGUAAGAUGACAGUUUUAAUCUGUUUUGGAACUCUUUUCUCAAUUGAGUGCUGUAACUUAAAUUUCAAAAACUUGGAGAUGGUAUUUUCAGUAUAAUGUUUGUACUAGAGUUUGAUUAGCCGAUGGAUUUUUAAAUGGAUGGAUUUUGAGAAGUGGGUGGAUUUGGAAACAAGAUUAGAUUUUGGAAUAUACACAGUUUGGUUAUGGAUUUUUGUUAUGGAUUACCACCAA